ACCACAAUUCGAAAACAAACAAUACCAAGACGGAUUCGAGUGUCGAAGAUAGCGACUGUUUGAGGUUAUCAGCUUGUUACACCAUAACCCGCGAGAAAGAAUUAUGGCGCCCAAGAAAGGAGUGGUCAAGAACCUGGCAGCAGGCCGUCCGCCCACGGUCACGAAGCCCAAGUCACUUGCGCGGAAAACCACGAAAUCCAUCAUCAACAAACUCCAUCUUCUAGAGAAGAGGAAAGCGCAGGCUAUCAAGAAGGGCGAUGGCGCACAGGUCGCGGCAAUUGAGGCGGAGAUUGAGGCUUUGGGCGGUAUCGAGAAAUAUCAGGAAGCAAGCCUCCAGGGCCAGAGACAUGAUCGAGGCGGCGACAGCUCCAAUGUGCUUAUGGAAUGGGUUGGGCCGUACCUCUCGUCCGAGGAGUACAAGGAAGGCAGAUUGCGCAUGUUGGAAGUUGGGGCGCUGAGCACAAAGAACGCGUGCGCUCAAAGUAACCAUUUCGACAUCACUCGGAUCGAUCUCAACAGCCAAGAGCCCGGUAUUCUUGAGCAGGACUUCAUGGAGCGCCCGUUGCCCAAGGACGAAUCGGAGAAGUUCGACAUCAUCAGCCUUUCGUUGGUGCUCAACUUUGUCCCAGAUCAUAAAGACAGAGGCGAGAUGCUUGUCCGCACCACACAAUUUCUAACAUCGCCGAAGCGGUUCUCCGGGACAACCGCUGCCUUCUUCCCAAGCCUGUUCCUUGUACUACCGGCCCCAUGCAUCACCAACUCACGGUAUCUGGAUGAAGAGAGGUUGACGGCCAUUAUGGAAUCGAUCGGUUACGAGGUGGUAGAGUCCAAGACGACCCAACGGCUCGUCUAUUACCUGUGGAGGAGAACAUCGGAUCAGGUCGGACACGACAGGCCGUUUCGCAAGGAAGAGAUACGCUCUGGCUCAACACGCAACAACUUUGCUAUUACGUUGGUCUGAGGUCUGCAAACAUUUGGAAUGCCCACAAUGGAGAUCAGCCACGACAUUUCACGAUGGGUCAUUCCACGUGGAUGGAAUCCGGUCCAUCGAAUGUCCAUUGCAUUCGAUUCUUGAGCCAUAUACGAGAGUGGAACUAUGUUACUGCUGAGGUUGCCGGCGGGCUAGGAUUAGGCCAGGGCCUGACGACCUGAUACGACUACACGACGAACUCGAUGUUAAAGGAGGCCACAGGACACGAAGUGGUCGAUUCAGGGGCUUUUGGAUUCAGACGUUACUGUCCAGUUUCCCUACAGGGCUUCCGACCGAUAUAUCAACCGUGUAGGGUGGAUUCCUGGGAACGGUGCUGGGAACUACAUUCAGAGAGUUCCAUGGCUUCCAAGCUGGUGUCAGAUUGGGGCAC